AUGACCGAAGGAUUUUUGAAAAACCGACACCAAUUGGAAAUGAAACUCAAGUGGAUGCAGGACGUCAUCCCACAACAUUUGACUCAAAUGGAGGAGCUGCUAAAGAAAGAAGCUUUCAUCGAGUUGCACAAAAUGGAAGUGGACGCCAAUCAAAACUUUGAGAUAAAAGUGAAAGUCGCCAAGUACGUACAAGAUCCUGUCCCUUCAACCGCGCUGAGCUGCAAAAAUUGCGAGAGGACUUGCCAGGACCACUGCCAUCCCAGUACUGAAAUAGCACACUGUGAAGCAUUCUACGAAAUUACAGAGGGAUCAGCUGCCAUUCCAAUCUUCAAUUGGCUUGCGCUUGCUGUUCAACAUGCGGUCAAUGAAGCAAAUGACCCGGUAUGUAAAAUUUGCAACUGUUUCAGCACAGAGCACGAAAAAGGACAAUUCCGCUGGAACGGCAGAAACGUGGAGGAGACGCACACGCUGGAGGAGAUGCGGGAAAAAUACGAAAAGGCCAAGGGAGAGAAGAUGGACGCCGAAGAGCUGGUGACAGCUCUGAGAAACGAUCUCGACCUCCUGAAAAAGGAAAUUGUUAAAGGCAUUGACUUGAUCAAGGAAUUAAACAACUGUCUCAAGCAGGAUGCCGGCAAUCCGCUCACGACUCCGGAGUACAUCCGGAUGAUGAUCGAAAACGAGAAGAGAGAAUGUCAAAAAGGAUCGGCUGAAAGAAUCAAGACUUUGGAGGAACUGUUACCGCUGGCCAAAGAUGACCUAUGA